AUGUAUUCCAAAGCAAAUGAAAGCAGACCCAGAAUUGAUGCCUCCGUCUUCAACAACAAGGGCAAAAUUAUCAAUUUCCGGCCCUGGGAGCUCUCACUGGUUUCUAAACAUGGCUUGUCACUGACACUUAUGGUUUUUGUUAACUACGGUGGAGGUGGCUACUGGUUCUUUGAACAUGCUCCAUGGAAUGGCCUUACAGUUGCUGACUUGGUCAUGCCAUGGUUUGUCUUCAUUCUUGGCACUUCAGUGGGUCUUACAUUUCAUAAUAUGCAGAAGAGAGGAGUGAAGAAUAUUCAGCUCCUCCGUAAGGUAGCCUGGAGAACUGGUGUCUUGAUUAUCAUUGGAGUCCUUUUUCUCAACUAUGGACCAGCAGAUGGACCUUUAUCCUGGAGCUGGGCAAGACUCCCAGGAGUCCUUCAAAGGCUUGGCUUCACCUAUUUUGCUGUGGCCCUGAUGCAGAUUGCCUUUGGGGUGACAGAUACGCAGAUAUAUCAGGUUAACCUGUGGUGGGCUCCCUUCAGAGAUGUUAUCCUUUACUGGAAGGAAUGGUUUAUCAUCAUCAGCCUGGAGAUCCUUUGGUUGUGUCUGACUUUCUUGUUGCCCGUUCCUGGCUGUCCCAGAGGAUACCUGGGCCCUGGAGGGAUAGGGGAUGAAGGCAAAUACUUCAACUGUACAGGUGGAGCGGCAGCAUAUAUUGACAAGUGGAUUCUGGGAGAAAAUCAUCUGUAUCAAUUCCCAUCUUGCAAGGAACUCUACAAGACAACACAGCCCUUUGAUCCUGAGGGCAUCUUGGGGACAAUUAACUCCAUCCUAAUGGCUUUCUUUGGGCUCCAGGCUGGAAAGAUUAUCCUAAUGUACCGCAAUAAGCCACGGAGUAUCCUGAGAAGAUUUCUUAUCUGGUCCAUUUUGCUGGGGAUUAUUUCAGCUAUCCUCACUAUGGGCACACAGAAUGAAGGAUUUAUUCCAGUCAAUAAAAACCUCUGGUCUCUGUCCUUUGUCACAACUACCAGCUGCUUCUCCUUCAUCCUGCUGGGCCUGUUGUAUUACAUCACUGAUGUGAAUGGUUGGUGGAAUGGCUGCCCUUUUAUUUUUCCAGGAAUGAAUUCCAUCUUGGUUUACGUUGGACACUCUCUCCUGGGUGGCUAUUUCCCUUUCAGCUGGGAGAUGAAGUCACCUACUUCUCAUGCUGAGCCCCUUGCCCAGGACUUGCUGGGCACAGCAAUCUGGGUCUUCAUUGCCUUCCUGCUAUUUAGAAAGAAUGUCUUCCUUAAGAUUUGAUACUUGAGAGCAAGCCCUGCGGGUACAGGGUUCUGUAGGUGAGCAUCAUUUGACUGGGAAAAAGCUGGGUUUGAGGCUAGGGGGAAGGUGAUUUUGGAAAGGACAAAUAGGAAUUUGGUUGAACCUUUGGCUCACACCCCCAAGUAUUUUAAAUCCAAUUGAAUUAUCUCUACAGAGAAAAGCUGUCAUUUCUAUACGCCUCAUUCCAGGAAAAAGUGUCUUGUGGGCAUGAAGCCAGUCUGAUCUCUGCUCCUACUUUUAAAAUGAAUAGAGGUUUUCAGAGUACAGAGGAAUCAGCUCCAGCAAUACUGAGUCUAUAAGAACAGCACACUGGAAUCUAGAACCACAUUGGCUUCUUAUAUACUUCCUCCUUCCUCUGUACUUUAUUUCCUUUAGUAAUUUAGUGAUCCAUCCCAAAGAGCCUCUAACAACAUACUCCUUAAAGCAAAACAGACAUCCAGACAACUGUCUCCAAAGGCAUCCUAGACCCAAAUCAGGCAUUGGGUAAAUUAUUUCUGAUUUUAGAAAAAAAUCAAAAGUUUUAGUUAAGGAUUAUAAGAAAAGAAUAAGAGAUCUAGAACUGACACAGAUCUCAUGCAGUCUAAUAUCCUCUUUUUUUAUUUGAGGAAACUGAUGCUCAAA